AAGGGUGAGGAAACACUACUCUCCCAGGCAAUCCACAGUCGCAGGAUAUCAGCUGAGGGACGCCGGGCUCGCUUGAAAACACAAAGUGCAUAUGUCAUCCAAGCGGAUCAACGAAGAAGCCUCGAAGCUGUCCUUACCUUCAAAGGAAAGGAAACCGAUGAGGCAGUCCUUUCAGAAAACACUGAGUCGUUUGGAACUGCAGUACACAAAUCUGGAGCUGUUGCCAGAAGACUUAGAUGCAGAAAGAGGAUCAGGAAAGUGGUUGGUUUUGUCCUGGCAGUUUAGGUGGCUGGUCUUUGGUGUGAUAUUUUUGAACAUGGUCAUAAUCUCUGUAGUGGAAAGAAUGUGGGAAUAUGACGAGAUUUCCAAUGUGACCCUGAUGGUUGAAUGGGUGGCUUUGGCAUGCUUUGGCAUCCUACAUGGUCGAGUUGGGGCUUCGGCUUUAUGCUGGUCAAGGUAGAACUCGUUUUUGGUGCAUUUUCCUGGACUUUGUUCUAGUCAUCGUCGGCAUUUUGGCGCUGUUCAUACCCACUGUUUUGUGUUUCUCCCAUGUAUGCACGCACCUUCAGAGCUACAUGCUGACUGUGUGGUUGCUUCGUUUGCUGAAGCUGGUGCGAAUAUCCAAAGAUGAGCGAAAGUUCCACCCUAUGUCCCUAUGUGGGUUCUUUUUGAUGGGAUUUGCCAUGCAUUUCCCACUAUUCUGGCAAGUACGAUCUUUGUCGUGAUUGUCAUAGCGAUAUUUGCCGGUCUGCUUAUCUCCCUGCUUCAUGAAGAUCAGGGCAUUAUGACGGACCCUGUGCUGGCAGAAUUGGCCCUGCUCUCACUGGUACAGUUUUUGUCGGGCGAUGGCUUAGCGGAUAUGUACUAUACGCUGAUGUUGGCCAGGCCUGAGUUGUCCUUGAUUUUCAUACCUUUGUGUGUCCUUGUCACUAUCGGGCUCAUGAAUUUGGUGCCCGCAAUCCUCUUCGAGAACCAGGCAAGAGAAAAAGAGUAUAAACAAAUUAUUGGGCAGCAGAGGUUCCAGAAAGAGAAGGUUUUCACAGCAGAUGGAGUCACUGAAGUCAGCAACGGCUGGCUUUCAACAGCCGAUUUCGCAGAGAAAUUCGGAGCUUUCAAACUGGAUGAGCUGUUCGCAGUCUUGGUGAGAAAACUAUGUCCGGGUGACCCUGAUCCAAUAUUGCCUGUAGAUGAAUUCCUUGAGGCAGUGAUGGAGCUCUUGAUCUUAGAGGUGCCUCUGUCCACAAUGGAGACCUUAACAGCGUGGACUGUAUUGAAGAGCGCUUGGCUCACACAGGAGUCCCAGGAAUCCAUGGAGAAGCAGGAGGACUCGAUGCACAUCCAGCAGUUGAUGGGCAUGGCGCCAUUUCGCAAGAAAAACCGUCGGAUUUUCGUGGGAUGUAUAGUGAUGUCGUAUGGGGAUAUUUGUUCAAUCGUCCCUUCCACGUAACGGUUCUCAAUACAAC